AUUCUGGUUAAAACAAGACUGAAAAAAAAUCUUGAUCAUUUUCGCCAAAUAACCCAACAACCCAGCAGCCCAAUUUGAAGGCGAAAGUUAUCUCUUAAGUCUCAACAAAACCAUCCAUCAAACAAACCGAACUUGAGCAAAAGAAAAGAAUGGGGGAAGAAGAAAAAGAAGCCUCAAAACCCCAUCUCCAUUACUGGGGAGACACACCAGAAGAAGACUACUACAAACUCAAAAACAUCAAAUCCACCAAAUCUUAUUACACAUCACCAAGAGGCUUAUCUCUCUUCACUAGAUCAUGGGUACCUAGUACAACCCCUCCACGUGGCAUCAUCUGUAUGGUUCAUGGUUAUGGUAAUGACAUUAGUUGGACAUUCCAAGGCACUCCAAUCUACUUAGCCCAACAUGGGUUUUCUUGUUUUGCCUUGGAUCUUCAAGGCCAUGGCCAAUCAGAAGGCCUCAAGGCCUUUGUGCCCAACGUUGACUUUUUAGUCAACGACUGUGUCUCAUACUUUUCUUCAGUUAUUACACAAACCCCAGAACUGAAACACCUCCCUAAGUUCUUGUUUGGUGAAUCAAUGGGUGGUGCUAUUUGUUUGUUGAUUCAUUUUCAGGCUCCUGAGCUCUUCAAUGGAGCAAUUUUGGUAGCACCCAUGUGUAGAAUCUCAGAUAAAGUUAAACCAAAAUGGCCUAUUCCUGAAGUUUUAACUUUUAUUUCAAGAUUUGCACCAACAUUGCCUAUUGUCCCAACUGCAGAUUUAGUUGAAAAGUCUGUUAAAGUGCCCGAGAAACGGGUGAUCAGCGGUAUGAACCCGAGGAGAUAUAAUGGGAAACCAAGAUUAGGCACUGUGGUUGAGUUGCUUAGAGUCACUGAUUAUGUUAGUAGUAAAUUAAUUGAUGUUAAUCUUGGGUUUAUCGUGUUACAUGGUAGUGCAGAUGUUGUUACUGAUCCUGAAGUGAGUAGAGAAUUGUUCGAAAAGGCUAAAAGUAAAGAUAAGACUAUAAAGAUUUACGAGGGGAUGCUUCAUUCUUUGUUGUUUGGGGAGACUGAUGAGAAUGUUGAGAUUGUGAGGAAUGAUAUUUUGACAUGGCUGAAUGAUCGUUGCUGAUGGAAAUUCAGGCAGAGGUAUUAAAAUCAUAUGUUGUUGAGUAUCAUGUUUAAUUGCUACUCGGUUGAUUGGUAUACAAAAUUCUAUGUAUCGUAUAGGUCAAGACUAUAUUUUUGUGUCAGAUUUUGAUACAAAUGUCAUUUAUGUACUCUAUUAGCUUGGGUAUUAGUAUGAUACUGCUAUGAUACUGCUGAAUUGUUUGUGCGAUGACUGAUGAGAGUUGUCCUCGUAUAUUGUGAUGUUUUUUAUGUUAAGAUAUAAUACAUGAUCCUAUUAAGCUCUCCUUGCUGAGGAAUUAUAUUAUUGUGA